CAGCAAUUGUUCACCUGCUAUGCCUGAGCCAAAGUCUGUAUGUGUUUCGGUAGAUGAGGUGGUCUCCAAUGGCACCGAUGCACAAGAUGUUCAUUUACUAAACUGCCAUUUAAAAAAGCUGGACAAUGCUUUGACAGAAGCCCACCGCUUCUCCUACCUGCCCAGGAGACCAGCUGUGAACAUUGAGUUCAAAGAACUCUCAUACUCUAUCCAGGAAGGACCAUGGUGGAGGAGGAAGGGUUUCAAGAUGCUAUUGAAAGGAAUUUCAGGAAAGUUCAGCAGCGGAGAACUUGUGGCAAUUAUGGGUCCUUCUGGAGCUGGGAAGUCAACACUCAUGAACAUCCUGGCAGGAUACAGAGAGACUGGGAUGAAGGGAGAGAUCCUCAUCAAUGGACAGCCUCGUGAUCUGCGUUCUUUCCGCAAAGUGUCCUGUUACAUUAUGCAAGAUGAUAUGCUUCUCCCACAUCUUACUGUCCAAGAAGCCAUGAUGGUAUCUGCUCACCUGAAACUUCAAGAAAAAGAUGAAGGCAGGAGGGAGAUGGUAAGGGAGAUCUUGACGGCUCUGGGUUUGUUGUCGUGCGCCAAUACUAGAACUGGAAGUCUUUCCGGGGGCCAGAGGAAGCGCCUUGCCAUUGCUUUGGAGCUGGUGAACAACCCACCAGUCAUGUUUUUUGAUGAACCUACCAGUGGCCUGGACAGCGCCUCCUGCUUCCAAGUGGUAUCUCUAAUGAAGGCUUUAGCCCAGGGCGGCCGGUCUGUCAUCUGCACUAUACAUCAGCCCAGUGCCAAACUCUUUGAGCUCUUUGAUCAGCUCUAUGUUUUGAGCCAAGGGCAGUGCAUUUACCGUGGGAAAGUGUUAAACCUUGUCCCGUACUUGAGAGAUUUGGGUUUAAGUUGUCCGACCUACCACAAUCCUGCAGAUUUUGUGAUGGAGGUUGCCUCUGGUGAGUAUGGAGACCAGAACAACCGGCUGGUAAGAGCAGUCCAAGAUGGAAUGCGUGAUGCAGACUACAAGAGAGACUCUGGAGGAGAAAGUGAACUUAAUCCCUUCCUGUGGCACAGACCAUCUGAGGAGGAUUCUUCAUCCACAGAAGGUUGUCACAGUUUCUCAGCCAGCUGCCUUACUCAGUUUUGCAUCCUGUUUAAAAGAACUUUUCUCACCAUAAUGAGGGAUUCGGUCCUGACACAUCUACGGAUCAUGUCACACAUUGGAAUUGGACUCCUCAUAGGGCUGCUGUAUUUGGGGAUUGGAAAUGAAGCAAAGAAAGUUCUGAGCAAUUCUGGCUUCCUCUUUUUUUCCAUGUUAUUUCUUAUGUUUGCUGCUCUUAUGCCAACAGUCCUUACAUUUCCUCUGGAGAUGGGUGUGUUUCUUAGAGAACAUCUGAAUUAUUGGUAUAGUCUGAAGGCUUACUACUUAGCAAAAACAAUGGCUGAUGUCCCUUUUCAGGUUAUGUUUCCUGUAGCUUAUUGUAGCAUUGUGUACUGGAUGACAGCACAACCGUCCGACGCUCUACGGUUUGUCUUGUUUGCAGCACUGGGAACAAUGACAUCACUAGUGGCUCAGUCUUUGGGACUUUUGAUUGGUGCAGCUUCCACCUCCCUCCAGGUGGCAACAUUUGUAGGACCUGUUACAGCAAUCCCAGUUCUCCUCUUCUCAGGUUUCUUUGUCAGCUUUGAUACUAUUCCGGCAUACCUCCAGUGGAUGUCUUACAUCUCAUAUGUCAGAUACGGGUUUGAGGGUGUUAUUCUUUCCAUCUAUGGCUUGGAUCGUGAAGAUCUCCACUGCGAGGAAGAAACUUGCCACUUUCAAAAAUCAAAGGAUAUCCUUCGAGAGCUGGAUGUAGAAAAUGCAAAACUUUACCUGGAUUUCAUUGUGCUUGGGAUUUUCUUCGUAGCCCUGCGCCUUGUUGCCUACUUUGUCCUCAGAUACAAAAUCCGAGCAGAGAGGUAG